AUGUCGUCGCAGAUCUGGGGUCAUGCAGACAAUGAAGAUAUAACCAGAGCUAGCCAGCUGAUACUUUCUGGCUGCAACAACCUAACCGAGCUGAAGAUCGCGAGCCAAAAUCACGAGGCUCCAGACAGUGGCGCCAUGGGUUUCGAACAGAGAAUUUUUGCCACUUUAAGGGACAACAAGAUCAAUGCGUCUCUUGAACAGCAGAUGCAACUAAAGCACCUGACUUUGAGCGGUCUGAACCUCGCCAUCUUUGGAGCCGGGCACCACAGGACAACUAUCGACUUCAGUAGCCUUGAGACUCUCCACAUUCUCAGCUGCAAGAAAGUUCACAUAUUCCUAGAUGCAGUUUGCCGAUCAAAAGACCCACCUCGACGGCUGAAAAAACUGACAUGGCACAUGACUGACCUUGACGAAUGGCGUCUCAGGCUGAAUGCGACUAUGACACGCUUUGAAUACUUGUUGCGUAGGCAACGUGAGCUGAGUGACCUGGCCGUGAUCGUCAACGACAGAACGCGAUUCCCAAGCGUACGGGAUAUCGUCAGCCGCGCGAAAACACUGCGUGUGCUCAGUAUGAUGUCGACAGCCCAUGAGGCAACAAGAGUUCGUUUUUGGAUGCCUCGAGCAGUCAAAGAGAUCUGUGACAGAUGCAAGGGUCUCGUCCAGCUAGGUCUAGAACUUCAUGUGGAAGGAUUGGGUCGACCCUGGCGCUCAUGCGUACAAAGUAUUGUGUUUCGGCGGGCGUUAGACUCCAUACUGCAAUUGGAGCACCUGAAGGCCUUGGACUUGGGAAAUUUCUGGGCUGUCAGAUACGAACAAAAUGCCAGAAUUGGAUAUACGCCGGAGUACGACUUCUUUUGCUUUAAGAGGGAACUGCGAGAGAUAGCAGAGGUACUCUUCAAUGCGAGACACCUAGAAAAGCCUGAGAAGCGCUUCAAUCUAGAGGUCGUCGGGGCGUCCUACUAUACAGAUGCGGAACGAACGCUUGAUGGUCAACCAGAGGCGGAACCAGAUGAGUUCAUACCUCCGCGAAUCCUGCUCACACGGGUCGAAACUGGAGUUGCUGGGAAGGAAUGCCGUCGUGCUGUACCGGUGAAUAGAUGCUGGACUAAAAAGAACCUGAAGGACUGCGACAUCUUCAGCAGCGAUGACUUGUAUUGGAGCCACGCACCAACGAACGGGUUUCCCCAAUAG